UGUUGCGAGAUAAUUAAAAUCAAUAACAGGACCAUUGUUAAGUGGCACUUCGUCACUGUUUUACUUCGAGAUUGAAAGUGUCUCCCGGAUUUGUGUUGAUAGUCAGAUACAUACGUAAGUGAGCAGUAGUAUAUUGCACAGCAGUUAUUUAGCUGUGGGGAAGUGAACAAUGUCGAGCAGAUAAGGGAUGAAUCUACUAGAGGCUAGAGUACACUUCAAACAUGGCAAAAACUCGACAAACUACAGAGCCCUCAGACGUCAUCGACAAUAUGACGGCGAAGAUGAAGAUGGAAUGGAUGAAGUUCCUUUGAUGUUUAAUGGUGAAGACUUCGAAAUGGACGAAAGCGAAUCGUUGAUGAAACAAAAACGUUCCAGGUGUCCUCGCCUGAGAACUUUAGGAUAUUACUUAUCAGAAGGCUGGUGGCAUGUGUGCUGUGGGUGUUUAGCAUCUUUAUUUUCAAAAUGUUGCAGGAAGAAAGAGUUACAGCCCCGUAUUAUACAUAUAGGUUUAUCAAGGGGCCCACUGGAGAAGUACUCCAAGAAUGUGAUCAGAAAUCAGAAGUAUAGUGUAUUUAGUUUCAUACCAAAGGUAUUAUAUGAACAGUUCAAUUUUUUCUUGAAUUUGUAUUUUCUUAUAAUGGCAAUUUCCCAGUUCCUACCAGAAAUCCGUAUUGGUUACCUCUACACAUACUGGGGUCCUUUGUGCUUUGUAAUAUUUGUGACAAUGGUGAGGGAAGGCUUUGAUGAUUAUCAGCGGUACCGAAGAGAUAAAGAAGCCAACUCACAACUGUAUGGAAAACUUACACGAGAUGGGUUGAAAUUACUCCCUAGUUCCAAUAUAAAAGUUGGAGAUUUAAUAACUGUUGAAAAGAACCAACGAGUGCCUGCUGAUAUGGUUUUAAUUCGGACAACAGAAAAAGUUGGGUCUUGCUUUAUUCGAACAGACCAAAUGGAUGGUGAAACAGAUUGGAAAUUACGUGUAGCUUUGCAGUCUACUCAGCAUCUUCCCUCAGAUGAAAGUCUACUAGAUAUUACAGCACAUGUUUAUGCUGAGAAGCCAAGCAAAGAUAUUCAUAGUUUCGUUGGAACAUUUACUAUGACAGGUGAAAAUAGCGCUGAAGCUUCUUUGAGUAUUGAAAAUGUAUUAUGGGCAAACACAGUGAUUGCUUCUGGUACUGCUUUAGGAUUAGUCAUUUAUACUGGUAUGGAUACACGCAGUGUGAUGAAUACAUCACAGCCAAAGAGCAAAGUAGGAUUGCUUGAUGUUGAGAUCAACAAUAUCACCAAAGUAUUAUUUCUGGCUGUUGUCAUCUUAGCAAUUGUUAUGAUUAUACUAAAGGGAUUUGGUGGACCUUGGUAUAUAUACCUCUUCAGAUAUAUUUUGUUAUUUUCUUAUAUAAUUCCUAUUAGUUUACGUGUGAACCUGGACAUGGGAAAGGCUGUCUAUUCUUGGAUGAUUCAAAAAGAUAAAAAUAUUGAAGGAACAAUUGCUCGCAGUACAACAAUUGCAGAGGAAUUGGGACGAAUUAGUUACUUGAUGUCUGAUAAAACUGGAACUCUAACACAGAACGAAAUGGUUUUCAAAAGGCUUCAUCUUGGCACAGUAUCUUUUGCUUCUGAUACGAUGGAUGAGGUUAGUUUACAUGUGAAAACUGGAUUCUCUCAGAUGUCUUCAAUGUCUCAGCGCCAUACUGGACCUAUACGGCGUACAGUUAUUACUCGAGCAUUUGAAGCUGUAAGAGCAAUUGCACUCUGCCAUAAUGUAACACCAGUCUUUGAAAAUGUCAAUGAUACUGACAGCAAUACUAAUGGAGAUGUCAACCAAAUGUCACAUCAGAAAGUUGUUUACCAAGCAUCGAGUCCUGAUGAGGUGGCGCUGGUGAAAUGGACUGAAGAAGUUGGUCUAACGUUGGUAAAGCGGGACCUAAACUUAAUUCAGUUGAAAAACCCUAUGGGAACACUAAUUAAUUAUUCAGUUCUACAGUUGUUUCCAUUCACCUCAGAGUCUAAACGAAUGGGAAUUAUUGUAAAAGAAGAACAAACUGGAGAUAUCACCUUUUAUUUGAAAGGAGCUGAUGUUGUCAUGACAACUAUUGUUCAGUAUAACGAUUGGCUUGAAGAAGAGUGUGGAAAUAUGGCCCGAGAAGGUUUGCGUACUUUAGUUGUAGCCAAGAAGAACCUGUCAGAGGAGCAAUACUGUGAUUUUGAAACACGUUAUCACCAAGCUAAAAUGUGUGUUCAUGAUCGAAAUGUGAAGAUGCAAGCUGUUAUUGAAGGCUUAGAGCGAGAUAUGGAACUUUUGUGUCUUACAGGAGUUGAAGAUAAACUUCAAGAUGGUGUAAGACCUACACUGGAGUUAUUAAGAAAUGCUGGCAUCAAAACUUGGAUGCUAACUGGAGACAAAUUAGAAACAGCCACUUGUAUUGCUAAGAGUUCCAAACUGGUAUCACGUAACAUGGACAUCCAUACCUUUAGAAGGGUUGAUACAAGAGAUGAGGCUCAUCUUGAAUUGAAUGCCCUUCGACGAAAGAACGAUUCUGCUCUUAUCAUCAGUGGAGACUCCGUCCAGGUUUGCUUACGUUAUUAUGAACAUGAAUUUGUGGAACUUUCUUGCCAAUGUCCCUGUGUUGUAGUCUGUCGAUGUUCACCAACUCAGAAAGCUGAUAUCGUGAAAUUACUGAAACUCCACAUUGGAAAAAUAGUGUGUGCUGUUGGUACGUUUCAUUAUCUUUUAUUUUCUUCCUUCAAGCUUUUCUUGUUCACAUUUUGUUGUGCUCUGGGAUGGCACCAAAAUAGUAUUAGAAAAAAAGAAGGCAAGCAGGCAGCUCUUGCAGCAGACUUUUCAAUAAAUCAGUUCAGUUAUAUUGGCCAUCUUCUCAUGGUUCAUGGUAGGAACAGCUACAAAAGAUCAGCAGCUUUGGCCCAAUUUGUUAUCCAUCGUGGUCUCAUCAUUACAGCCAUGCAGGCUGUCUUCUGCUCAGUCUUUUAUUUUGCCUCUGUGUCUUUGUUUCCUGGAUUCCUCAUGGUUGGAUAUGCUACAGUGUUCACAAUGUUUCCAGUGUUUUCUCUCGUGCUUGACAAAGAUGUCUCUGCAGGCAUUGCCAUGACAUAUCCAGAGUUAUAUAAAGAAUUAACAAAGGGCCGGUCCUUAUCAUUUAAAACAUUUUUCCUGUGGGUUUUAAUAAGUAUUUACCAAGGAGGUACCAUCAUGUAUGGAGCCCUACUGCUGUUCGAAGAGGAAUUUAUCCAUGUUGUAGCCAUAACAUUUACAUCACUUAUCCUUACUGAACUGCUAAUGGUGGCAUUAACUGUUCAAAUGUGGCACUGGUUGAUGAUAGUGGCAGAGUUUCUCAGUCUUGGCAUUUAUGUUAUUUCACUUUUUGUCUUCAAAGACUUCUUUGACGAGUCUUUUCUAAAGACAGGAAGCUUCAUGUGGAAGGUAGUUGUGAUCACUUCCAUCAGCUGUAUUCCUUUGUACAUUCUGAAAUACAUACGUAAAAAGUUCUCACCAACAGUUUAUUCAAAGUUGACACCCUAACAGUUUAACACAGCUAUAGCAAAUAUUUAAUAACAAAAAACAAACAACUACUUGCUGAAUUCAAGUUUUUUUUUUUUUUUAGUAUGGUUCAAUGUUAAUUGCAGAGAGGCAAGGAGACUUCUUGUAACAUCUUGAAUGAUAUUUUCAGAAGGACAAUUUUUGCUUGUCUACCACCUCUCUUGUUCAUAUUAAUUUCAUCCACCAUCAUCAGCUACCAUCUCACCUUAGACAUGUUUUAAAGGACCAUACUGACAUAUCGAGCAGCUUCUCUAUGUAUUUCGCUCAGAUGCUUCUUCCCAUACAGACUUCUCAUCUGAAAUAUUUCACUGAAACACUUCAGAUGUUCAAAUGUUAAUGAAAUCCUUAUUCUUCCAGAAAAUUCUGCCAGUUUGAUGUGGCAAUGCCUGCAAUAUGUCAACAAUGUUUGUUUUUAAUGGACUCUUAAAUUAUUUCAAAUGUCUUAUUAAAAAAUAAGUUAUUGAUUAAAUAAAGUGUAAAGUUUCCAA